AUGUCUUUCGACCAGAAGUUCAUGGCCGGCGAUACUUACGGGGAUGAACGAAAGAGCUCAGCCAAUUUCUUCUCCGACCCUACCAAGGUUGCUGCCGAUAUCCUCAAAGACUAUGUGGGGCUGCGCAGCCAAACAACUCCGGCGGAGCUUGUAGGUCUCAUCAAGGAGCUACUCCAGAAGGGUGAGCCCCUCGACGACAAGAAAGGAACUACGGAGGUCUUAAUCGGAAUCUUGACGUCUCUCCCGGCUACAUCAGAGGCCAGAGUGCAGCUCACCAACAAGCUCAUCGACACUCUUUGGGGCAACCUCCAGCACCCCCCGCUGAGCUAUGUUGGCGGCGACGUCAAAUUCGAUGUUGUCAACUCCCAGGAGUCGGGCGCCAAGGACAAGCCCAAGGCAGAGGACUCGAUCGAAUUCAAAGCCCCGGACAGCGAUAUCAUCCUUCGUGAGCAAGUCCCACAGGCACCUGAUGGGCUUCACCACUACAGGAUGCCGGACGGAAGCUUCAAUAACAUCCUCGAGCCCAACCUGGGCAAGGCGGGCACCCCGUACGCCAAAACGGUGAGGUCCGUCAAGGCACUUCAUGGUGUUAAGCCCGAUCCAGGACUGCUCUUCGAUCUGUUGAUGGCUCGUGACGACAACUCGUUCAAAGAGAACCCGGCAGGCAUAUCGUCCAUGCUCUUCUAUCACGCGUCCAUCAUCAUCCACGACAUCUUCAGGACCAACCGAACAGACAUGAACAAAUCCGACACUUCGUCGUACCUCGACUUGGCGCCCCUCUACGGUUCGUCUCUCAAAGACCAGUUGGAGAUCCGCACCAUGAAGGAGGGCCGGCUCAAGCCCGAUACGUUCCACGAGAAGCGUCUUCUCGGACAACCGGCCGGCGUCAAUGUCAUGCUGGUUCUCUACAGCCGGUUCCACAACUACGUCUGCGACAUUCUCUUGAAGAUCAACGAGAACGACCGCUUCACUCUGCAGUGUCCCGCCGACGCCGGCCCCGAAGACAGGGCCAAGGCCGUGGCCAAGCAGGACCACGAUCUCUUCAACACGGCUCGCCUGAUCGUCGGCGGUUUAUACAUCAACAUCUGCCUCCACGACUACCUGCGGGCCAUCACCAACACGCACCACUCCAAGAGCGACUGGACCCUCGACCCCCGCGUCGAGAUCGGCAAGCAGUUCGACGGCGAUGGCGUGCCGCGCGGCGUCGGGUACCAGGUCAGCGUCGAGUUCAACCUGCUGUACCGCUUCCACUCGUGCAUCUCCAAGAAGGACGAGCGCUGGAUCGACGGCUUCUUCGCCAAGCUCUUCCCGGACCGCAAGCCCGAGGAUCUGCAGAACGUUGGCAUGGCCGAGCUCGGCCGGGCCUUGGUGACGUUCGAGCAGAGCAUCCCCAAGGACCCGAGUGUGCGCACCUUCGACAACCUCGAGCGCCAGCCCGACGGUACCUUCAGGGACGAGGAUCUCGCGCGAAUCCUGAAGGAGGCUAUGGAUGAUCCCGCCGGCUGCUUCGGCGCCCGUAUGGUUCCGAAAGCCCUCAAAGUCGUCGAGAUCCUCGGCAUCAACCAGGCCCGCAAGUGGCAGGUCGCCAAUUUGAACCAAUUCAGAAGUUUUUUUGGCCUCAAGAAGUACGACAAGUUCAGCGAGAUCAAUUCUAAUCCGGAAAUCGCGAGUCUUCUCGAGAAGCUGUACACCGACCCCGACAUGGUCGAGCUCUACCCCGGCCUCAUGAUCGAGGACAUCAAGCCUGCUCGGAACACGGGCAGCGGCAUCUGCCCGACGUACUCCGUUGGACGAGCCGUGCUGUCCGACGCCGUCACGCUUGUGCGAUCGGACAGGUUCAACACCAUCGACUAUACAGUCUCGAACCUGACGGCGUGGGGGUUCAACGAGGUCCAGCAGGACUACAAGACCCUUGGGGGCUCGAUGCUGUACAAGCUCAUCCAGCGCGGUCUUCCCAACUGGUUCCCGUACAACUCCAUCGCCGUCAUGCAGCCCAUGUACACCAGGAAAGCGAACCAGGCCAUCGCCAAGGAGCUCGGCACCCUUCACCUGUACACGUCGGACGACCCGAAGCCGCCGCCCAAGCCCGUCGUCCUCAUGACCGGCGCGGCCAUCAAGCAUGUCCUCGGCAACCCAAAGCAGUUUGUAGUGCCGUGGCUCCAGCCCCUGAACGCCCUGUUCACUGAGUCCAAGAAGGACAUCAGCUGGUUCAUGCUCGCGGGCGACGACCCCAAGAACGUCCAACACCGCGUCAACAUCACUAAAGCGCUUGGCAAGGUGCCGAACCUGCACAACGCGGUCCAUGACUUCGUCGAGCGUGUCGGCGCGAAGCUCAUCGAGAAGGAGACGUUCAAGCUGCGGGAGGGCCUCUGCCAGAUGGACCUCAUCCGUGACGUGGCCAUCCCGCUCAACGCCCAGCUGCUCGCCGACCUCUUCUACUUCGACAUGCGCACCGACGAGAACCCCAACGGCACCCUCGGUGCAGCGGACCUCUACCGACACCUGCUCAACAUCCGCGUCUGGGGCGUCAACAACAACGACCCGGCCCAGGCGUGGAACCGUCGUCGUCGGGCGAGGGAGAGCGUCAAGGUCAUGAUCGACUCGACGCGCACGCUCGUCAGCGAGGUUGCCGUCGGGCGUGGCCUGGGCUUCGGCAUCGUGUCGACCAUCUCCAACGUCGUCGGCCGCAAGUCGAACUUCAAGAAGGACUCGCUGCGUUCCUGUGGCUACAAGCUCGCCGAGGAGCUGCUGGCACAGGGCAACUCGGUCGACCAGGUCGUCGACAACAUGUGGCUCACGGCCUUUGGCGGCAUCGGCGUUCCCUUCUACGAGGUUAUGGAGUUCUUCCUCCGCCGCGAGAACGCCUCCAUCUGGGCCGAGGUACAGACGUUGGCGCAGGCCAAGGACGACGGCGGACUCCACGCCUACGUCCGGGAGGCGCAGCGUCUGACGAGCUCGCAGCGAAACGUGCGCGUCGCCACGGCGCCGGCCGAGGUCGAGGGCAAGUCGAUCCAGCCGGGCAACCUUGUCGUGAUGCUCCUGGGCGAGGCCGGACGCAACCCAAAGGAGGUUGCCGACGCCGCCAAAUUCGACCCGCAGCGCAAGGUGGACGCCGUUACGGCCUUCAGCUACGGGCAGCACGAGUGCGUGGCCAAGGAUAUCGCGACGACGUUCAUCGUCGGGCUCGUGAAGCUCGUGGCCGAUCUCAAGCAGCUGCGGCCGGCGCCGGGCCAGAUGGGCCUCGUCAAGACGAUCCGCGUGGGCUCCGAGAAGGCGUACCUCAACGACAGCUGGUCGUACCUUGGCUUCGACGCCAGCACCUGGAAGGUUCACUUUGACGGCCAUGGAAAGGGGAGCUUCCAGGGGGAUGCCCAGCCCAACAAGCCUAUCGACUUGGGGCAAUACUACUACCUUCUGCAGAAACGUAAGGACGACCUGUUCAAGGGCGCUGACGGCAGCUCGUGA